GCCAGCCAGCCCUCCCCGCGGCCGGCUGGGCUCCUUGGCGCUGCCUGGGGUCCUUUCCGCCCGGUCCCCGCUUGCCAGCCCCCGCUGCUGUGUGCCCUGUCCGGCCAGGCCUGGAGCCGACACCACCGCCAUCAUGCCGGCCGUGUCCAAGGGCGAUGGGAUGCGGGGGCUCGCUGUGUUCAUCUCCGACAUCCGGAACUGUAAGAGCAAAGAGGCGGAGAUUAAGAGAAUUAACAAGGAACUGGCCAACAUCCGCUCCAAGUUCAAAGGAGACAAAGCCUUGGAUGGCUACAGUAAGAAAAAAUACGUAUGUAAACUGCUUUUCAUCUUCCUGCUUGGCCAUGACAUUGACUUUGGGCACAUGGAGGCUGUGAACCUGUUGAGUUCCAAUAAAUACACAGAGAAGCAAAUAGGUUACCUGUUCAUUUCUGUGCUGGUGAACUCGAACUCGGAGCUGAUCCGCCUCAUCAACAACGCCAUCAAGAAUGACCUGGCCAGCCGCAACCCCACCUUCAUGUGCCUGGCCCUGCACUGCAUCGCCAACGUGGGCAGCCGGGAGAUGGGUGAGGCCUUUGCCGCUGACAUCCCCCGCAUCCUGGUGGCCGGGGACAGCAUGGACAGCGUCAAGCAGAGUGCGGCCCUGUGCCUCCUGCGACUCUACAAGGCCUCGCCUGACCUGGUGCCCAUGGGCGAGUGGACGGCACGCGUGGUACACCUGCUCAAUGACCAGCACAUGGGCGUGGUCACGGCUGCUGUCAGCCUCAUCACCUGUCUCUGCAAGAAGAACCCAGACGACUUCAAGACGUGCAUCUCCCUGGCUGUGUCGCGCCUCAGCCGGAUUGUCUCCUCAGCCUCCACCGACCUCCAGGACUAUACCUACUACUUCGUCCCAGCGCCCUGGCUCUCGGUGAAGCUCCUGCGGCUGCUGCAGUGCUACCCGCCUCCAGAGGAUGCGGCCGUGAAGGGGCGGCUGGUGGAAUGUCUGGAGACUGUGCUCAACAAGGCCCAGGAGCCCCCCAAAUCCAAGAAGGUGCAGCACUCCAACGCCAAGAACGCCAUCCUCUUCGAGACCAUCAGCCUUAUCAUCCACUAUGACAGUGAGCCCAACCUCCUGGUGCGGGCCUGCAACCAGCUGGGCCAGUUCCUGCAGCACCGGGAGACCAACCUGCGCUACCUGGCCCUGGAGAGCAUGUGCACGCUGGCCAGUUCCGAGUUCUCCCACGAAGCCGUCAAGACGCACAUUGACACCGUCAUCAAUGCCCUCAAGACGGAGCGGGACGUCAGCGUGCGGCAGCGGGCAGCUGACCUCCUCUACGCCAUGUGUGACCGGAGCAAUGCCAAGCAGAUCGUGUCGGAGAUGCUGCGGUACCUGGAAACGGCCGACUAUGCCAUCCGCGAGGAGAUCGUCCUGAAGGUGGCCAUCCUGGCUGAGAAGUACGCCGUGGACUACAGCUGGUAUGUGGACACCAUCCUCAACCUCAUCCGCAUCGCGGGCGACUACGUGAGUGAAGAGGUGUGGUACCGUGUGCUACAGAUCGUCACCAACCGUGAUGACGUCCAGGGCUACGCCGCCAAGACGGUCUUUGAGGCGCUCCAGGCCCCUGCCUGUCAUGAGAACAUGGUGAAGGUUGGCGGCUACAUCCUUGGGGAGUUUGGGAACCUGAUUGCUGGGGACCCCCGCUCCAGCCCCCCGGUGCAGUUCUCCCUGCUCCACUCCAAGUUCCACCUGUGCAGCGUGGCGACGCGGGCGCUGCUGCUGUCCACCUACAUCAAGUUCAUCAACCUCUUCCCCGAGACCAAGGCCACCAUCCAGGCCGUGCUGCGGGCCGGCUCCCAGCUGCGCAAUGCUGACGUGGAGCUGCAGCAGCGAGCCGUGGAGUACCUCACCCUCAGCUCGGUGGCCAGCACCGACGUCCUGGCUACGGUGCUGGAGGAGAUGCCGCCCUUCCCCGAGCGCGAGUCGUCCAUCCUGGCCAAGCUGAAACGCAAGAAGGGGCCAGGGGCUGGCAGUGCCCUGGAUGAUGGCCGGAGGGACCCAAGCAGCAACGACAUCAAUGGGGGCGUAGAGCCCACCCCCAGCACUGUGUCGACGCCCUCGCCCUCCGCCGACCUCCUGGGGCUGCGGGCAGCCCCUCCCCCGGCAGCACCCCCGGCUUCUGCAGGGGCAGGGAACCUCCUGGUGGACGUCUUCGAUGGCCCGGCCGCCCAGCCCAGCCUGGGGCCCACCCCCGAGGAGGCCUUCCUCAGCCCAGGUCCUGAAGACAUUGGCCCUCCCAUUCCGGAAGCCGAUGAAUUGCUGAAUAAGUUUGUGUGUAAGAACAACGGGGUUCUGUUCGAGAACCAGCUGCUGCAGAUCGGAGUCAAGUCAGAGUUCCGGCAGAAUCUAGGCCGCAUGUAUCUCUUCUAUGGCAACAAGACCUUACAGUUCCAGAACUCACCCACUGUGGUCCACGGAGACCUCCAGACUCAGCUGGCUGUGCAGACCAAGCGCGUGGCGGCGCAGGUGGAUGGCGGCGCGCAGGUGCAGCAGGUGCUCAAUAUUGAGUGUCUGCGGGACUUCCUGACGCCCCCGCUGCUGUCCGUGCGCUUCCGGUACGGUGGCACCCCCCAGGCCCUCACCCUGAAGCUCCCAGUGACCAUCAACAAGUUCUUCCAGCCCACAGAGAUGGCGGCCCAGGAUUUCUUCCAGCGCUGGAAGCAGCUGAGCCUCCCUCAACAGGAGGCGCAGAAAAUCUUCAAAGCCAACCACCCCAUGGACGCAGAAGUUACUAAGGCCAAGCUUCUGGGAUUUGGCUCUGCUCUCCUGGACAAUGUGGACCCCAACCCUGAGAACUUCGUGGGGGCAGGGAUCAUCCAGACUAAAGCCCUGCAGGUGGGCUGUCUGCUCCGGCUGGAACCCAACGCCCAGGCCCAGAUGUAUCGGCUGACCCUGCGCACCAGCAAGGAGCCCGUCUCCCGUCACCUGUGUGAGCUGCUGGCACAGCAGUUCUGAGCCCUGGACUCUGCCCCCGGGGAUGUGGCCGGCACUGGGCAGCCCCUUGGACUGAGGCAGCUUUGGUGGAUGGGGGACCUCCACUGGUGACAGAGAAGACGCCAGGGGUUGGGGGAUGCCUGGGACCUUCCUCCGGCCUUUUGUAUGUUUAUUGUUGUUCAUCUGCUGCUGUUUACAUUCUGGGGGUUAGGGGGAGCCCCCUCCCUCCCUUCCCCCCUCCCAAGCACAGAGGGGAGAGGGGCAAGGAAAGUGGAUGCCUCCUCCCCUCCCACCCCACCCUGUUGUAGCCCCUCCUACCCCCUCCCCAUCCAGGGGCUGUGUAUUAUUGUGAGCGAAUAAACAGAGAGACGCUAACAGCCCCAUGUCUGUGUCCAUCACCCACUGCUAGGUAGUCAAAGAAGUGGGGUGAGGGCAUGCAGAGUGUGGGUGGCUAGGCUUCGCAGCCCAUGGCUGGGACUCUGGGGAGACAGCAGCAGCAGCAGCCGCCGAACCCCCAGCUGCAGGGCCACCAGACGCACUCCUUUGCCUGGUUCCUCAGUCCCCAACACCAGGUAGCAGGCUCUGGGCAGCUGGGCCUGGUAGACCUCAUCUUCUGUCUUCCCUGGUGGCCCUGGCUCUGGUGGGAAGUGCGUGGAGGUGACCAGGGUAUAGAAGUUUCGGAGGAGGCGCCGGCGCUGUUCUGGUGAAGGCUCUUUAUCCCCCAAGGGCUCCACGGUGAAGAGGCAGCGUUUCAGUUCCAGGUGGAGGAGCAGCAGCCCGAGGAUGUCUGUGUGAAGGGGGAAGCCACUGGGCAGCGCUCGGGGUCCCAGCGGCAGACAGGCCCGCAACGGGUCCAGCAGUGGCUGCCAGCAGCGCUCCAGAAGCUGUGGAUACAACUGGCUGAGGGGUGGGCUUGGCCCGCAGAGUAGACACAGCUCCAGGCUCGGCAGCAGUGUCAGGGUCAGGAGCCGGUGUGGGACCGUGGGGCUCCCGUGCGGCAGGUACACCGGGUAGUCGCGAGCGGUCUGCGGCGGCAGGGACCCCACCAGCCAGGGGAGCAGCACGGCCUCGGGCGUCCCCAGCCGCCACCAACCUUCCGUUGCUGCCACCACCCGGCCCGACACCACCAGACUGACGAAUGCCGUGCCCGUGGCCUCCGCGAACCCGGAGAGGGCUUCCUGCAAGAGGGACCCCUCUGGAGGAAUCACACAGUCCACACACUGGGUCAGGUCCCCGAUGAGCUCCGAGUCCCCUAGGAAGCUGUCGAUGAGGCAGUAGCUGGCCCUCAAGUCCUUCUUCAGUCUCUCCACAUUGCGGAUAUUGGUCAGUUCUUCAAGUCCCACAAGAAGGACCAUGGCUCCAAACACCAUUUGGAGUAGUCUCUCCAGCCUCAGCUCAGAGAUGCCCUCCUCAGAUGACAGAACAAUGAGGGUAAUGCUGUCAUGGAAGCUUUUCCACACCACAGUCGUGUUGUCGGUCUUCGCAGAGCUCAGCUGCACCUCCAGAUUCUGCCCAAACAUAUGGACUCCAUUGAGGGAACCGAUGACAGAGAACGGGAGCUGCUGACGGGCGGGGGCGCCGCCGCGACUGCUCCUGCAGAACAGGGGAACCCCGCUGGACGCCGCGAGGCACAGCAGAUGAACGGUGCCACCCGUCCCCUCCUCCCCCAUUUAGGACUCCCACCGCGGUCCCUCACGUGGGGACUGUCAGUGCCGGUCUUGGAGCAUGCCGGUAAUCACAGUAACGGCCUGUGGUCCGGAGCCGCCAGAGGGCGAGAUGGGGAGCUGAUUGGAAGAGGAUUAAUUUCCCGCCUUCUUCACCCAACUCAAACAGACCCUUAAACCCCAUUCAGGCACCUCCCCCA